AUGAUCAGCUGCGGGGGUCACGUGACCUUGCAGCCCUGGAAGUUGGAGGAGCAACAUGCUGGCAGGCGGCGGCGGUUGGGUCUGGCUGCCCCUCCUGUGGCUGGUGGGGAGCCGGGCAGGGGAUCCCGCCGGGUAUAAGAGGAAGGUCUCCCUGGAGUAUAACCCUGGCUGGAACAGCUCUGCCGUGAACCUCCUGCAUGUCCGGGCGGUGGGUCUCAACGACACCAUCCAUUAUGUCUGGAGUACCAUCGGGGCACCCACUGUGUUGCUGGUCUACACAGGAAGCCAGAGCAGUCGUCUCCACGUCAACUGGACCCAGCUCCUCUCCCCAUCGCCCUCCGGAGCCAUCCAGGUCGAGCCAGCUGGAAGCGUUUUGUAUUCUAUGGCUGUCAUCUUUUCCAAGGUGUUUGAGUACAACGGCACAAAGACCUCGGAUCUCUCCAAAGCUAAUGCAAGCAGCUUCUACCCCACCUAUGACUUGGCCAACUUCACCUGGGACAGCCUCGAUGGCCGGCUGAAUGAGACUACUUUGACAGCGACGUUUCAGGGGGUUGGCCCCGACUCUGGGGGAACCUUCCGGAACGGAAGCAUCUCCUUCCAGGUGACGGCGUAUGAAGAGACCAGCCGCGACGGCCCGCUCCCGCGCCUCCUGCACACGGCCAACAGCUCCAAGGUGGACUUCGUCAUGCACGGGGUUGCUCCUCGGGGCAACCGCUCUCGCUUUGCGCUGGAGAUCGUCACCGUGGAGGAGAGAGGCGGGCAGAAGCAGUUGGAAUCCACCCGCUCGAUCGACGACGAGUAUACGCCGACCAUAUUCGAGAUGGCCCAGCUGGUUUCUGUCCCCCGCAACGACAGCACUGGCUUCAGCUUCCUCCAGUGGAAGACGGCAGCGUACAGCGCCUUGCAGCCCAAGCGGGAAGACACCGUCCACUGCGAGUAUUACCAGCUGGAGACGGAGAAUCGCACCGUUCCUCGGCCUAGCAUAGCCCACGCCUACUUUGGGGAGGAAUUGGAGGUCCACAACGGUGUGGCUGCCAUCAACAUCUCCUUCGGCAGUGAGGACAGCGAGGCCUACCAAGAGAAAAGCUACCUGAGCUGGUCUGCGCUGAUUGGCUUCGGCGAGCCCCCCAAGGACGGGUUCUCCCCCCUCGUGAUCGCGAUUCUUGCAGUGGGGCUGGGGACUCCAGUGCUGCUCCUGGUGGGGGGCAGCAUCACCGUCCUCGUCUCUCGGAAGAAGCCCUAUUCAGAGUACGAGCCCAUCAACUGAUUGUUGUCAGACCGGAAGUGGACAGUUGCCCUCGGCGGCUUGGCCAAACUGGCUCCUGGUAUCUUAACUCCAGAGGCGUUUCACGCAGCGGUUUCCUGGGCAUGUUUCUUCUGUUUCCUUCAGGGCAACUUCUCAGUGGCUUAAUUUAUCUCCUGGUGAAGAUGCUCUGGUCUGCUUACUAUGUUUGGGUACCCUCUGUAGAUGGAUGGUGCUACCUGGUGGGGCCACCUGCAUUGUCCCCCACCUGUAUUCUCUAGCGGAGGGAGAAGGGAUGUGCACCUCAAUAGUUCGGCUGCUUAUCAGGAUCACUCCCCAGAAGUUUUCCUUCCUACCACUUGAAAUUAUUGUCACUUGGAAGACUCUGCCGUGAUAUGUGCAGUUCUCAAUAUUCCAGAGGCACAAGGGUAUUUACAAUGGGACAGGGAAUAUGUGGACCAGCAGACAUACUUGGACUCCAGCUGCUGUCACCAUCCCUGAUCAAGGGCUGCUGGGAGUCGGAGUCUGUUGGCAUCUCGAGGGCUGCAACUUCCCGAUGCCUGGUUUACGGUGCCCAUUUCCCAAAGAGGGUUCUGUGGUUUUUCUUUUGCUGAGUGACGCCGGAGAGGCUGAAUUGUCUUUACAUUUCCCCCGCCAAACAGCCCAGCGAUAAGCUUUGGAGAGGGGGUAGUAUUUUGGGUCCUCAGUUGCCUCAGACAUUCACUUUUUUACCCUCUCGAAAGAUAACGGCGUCUUUGCAAUGCAUUGCUUCAUCAACAAUCUCUUGACCAGACCAGAUCUUCCCAAAGAUACGUUCUGCCUUUCAUUUUUUUAAAAAGCAUUGUCUUGUUUUCAACGGGUUACAUUUACGAAGUACUGUUUUUUCAACAACAACAAAAAUAUUGCUGAAAUGCCUCCUUUCUACAGUUGCAAACUUCUUUUCCAAUUGAGGCUCCUCUGUAUUUUUUUUUUAAGGGAACAAAGCUUUUCCCUGAUGGAGCCCUUCAGAGAUGGUGGAAGCUGCAGCUGUUUCUCUUGCUGUGCAAUAUAAUGAUGAUGGUGAUGGUGAUGGUGAUGAUGAUUUGAACAGCUAUAUCCUUUGGUUCUCUUUCCUCGUGAUACAGCUGUCAAAUUUGGGAAGGGAAGCUGACGACCCGUUUUGUCUUUCCCCCCACAAAAAGGGUAAGCCACUGUUGUUGUGUUUACAGGCUAAUGGCCAUGAAACAAAAGGGCAAAUUGCACUAUUGACGGUUAAGUAAUGCACCCUUUUCUUAUUCUGGAAGUUAGGGUAAGAAAACCAGGACACCCCAAAAUUGUAAAUUGUCGAAAUUGUUGAGGUCAAUUGUCAGAGGGCCGCUUGAAGAGCCAGUUCGGAAGCUCUCGUUUGAAGUGCGAAGGGCUUCCAUUUGGGCUGCGUCGACAUCUUUUGGGGGUUGGCAAGGGGAAGCCGAUUCUGAUUCUUUCUUUGGUGUGAAGCAUCACAGCACGGCCUAAGGCAAAUCUCCCCAACCUGGUGCCUUGUGGAUGUUGUUCAACCCAGCCAGCACGGCCAAUACUCAGGGACGAUGGGAAGUGUAGUUCAGCAGUAUCUGAAGGGCAGCAGGUUGGGGAAGGUAGGUCAUGGGGAGGGUUCGUUUGCAGAGGUUGUCGGGGGGGGGGCUUGUGCGUGCAUUUCCAGCUGCCACUUGUCUUUUGUGGACCAAUUAAAGAUUAUUUUGUUUUGGAAA